AUGCGGCCAACCCCCUCCCCAGCUCCCCUUUCCCCCAAAAGAAAAUCACUAUUUUCUUCAACAAAUGGAAAACACAUCUCUAAUGGCAUCCAACCGUCGUACUCCGCCAGCGACCGCGGCAGUGGGCCUGCCUCCAUCGCAGCUGUUCGCCAGAGGAUCAGCGACCGCAACGCCGUCGUUCCGCCCAGGGCGGUCCAGGAGUCUGCUCUGAUCGCUGCCACCGCCGAGAACCCGCUCGACAUUCUCGUGGUCGGCGGUGGCGCCACCGGCAGUGGAGUCGCUUUUGACGCUGUCACCCGAGGCCUCCGCGUUGGUCUCGUCGAGCGCGAGGACUUCUCAUCUGGCACGUCGUCGCGGUCCACGAAGCUAAUUCACGGAGGUGUUCGGUACUUGGAGAAAGCUGUUUUUAAUCUUGACUACGGGCAGCUGAAGCUGGUAUUCCAUGCGCUUGAGGAGCGUAAACAGGUUAUUGAGAAUGCACCACACCUCUGCCAUGCUUUGCCAUGCAUGACACCAUGUUUUGACUGGUUUGAGGUAGUAUACUACUGGAUGGGCUUGAAAAUGUACGAUUUGGUCGCAGGACUACGCCUGUUACAUGUGUCUAGAUAUUAUUCGGCACAAGAAUCUGUUGAGCUCUUCCCCACUCUUGCGAGGAAGGGUAACAAUAAAAGCUUGAAGGGCACCGUGGUGUAUUAUGAUGGGCAGAUGAAUGACGCACGUCUAAAUGUUGGAUUGGCGUGCUCUGCUGCAGUAGCUGGUGCAGCAGUGCUUAACCAUGCAGAAGUGGUUUCGUUUUUGAAGGAUGAGGCUAGCAAUCGGACAAUUGGUGCAAGAAUCCGAGACAAUUUAUCAGGAAAAGAGUUUGACACAUAUGCAAAAGUUGUUGUGAAUGCUGCUGGGCCAUUUUGUGAUUCUGUAAGGAAGCUGGCAGACAAAGAUGUAAAGCCUAUGAUAUGUCCAAGCAGUGGUGUACAUAUCGUACUUCCUGAUUAUUAUUCUCCUGAAGGUAUGGGUUUGAUUGUUCCUAAAACUAAGGAUGGACGUGUUGUUUUUAUGCUACCGUGGUUGGGACGAACAAUUGCUGGCACCACUGAUUCCAACACCCCUAUUACUCUGCUUCCUGAACCACACGAGGAUGAGAUUCAAUUCAUACUGGAUGCCAUUUGUGAUUACCUGAAUGUCAAGGUACGACGCACAGACGUUCUCUCUGCAUGGAGUGGUAUUCGCCCAUUGGCAACAGAUCCAUCUGCAAAAAACACCGAGAGCAUCUCCAGAGAUCAUGUUGUAUGUGAAGAUUAUCCUGGUUUGGUAACAAUCACAGGUGGCAAGUGGACCACUUACCGUGGCAUGGCAGAAGAUGCGGUUAAUGCAGCAAUAAAGUCUGGAAAGCUCACCCCACAAAAUGGAUGUUUGACCUCGAAGCUGCAGAUUGUCGGUGGAGAUGGAUGGGACCCUGCAUCUUUUACAGUUAUUGCUCAACAAUAUACACGCAUGAAGAAAAGUCAUGGUAAAGUUGUUCCUGGAGUGAUGGACACUGCUGCAGCAAAGCAUCUGUCCCAUGCAUAUGGUACUUGGGCUGAACGAGUUGCUGCCAUUGCUCAGAAUGAAAAUCUGGGGAAGAGGCUUGCCCAUGGAUACCCUAUUCUAGAGGCUGAGGUUGCUUACUGUGCUCGAAAUGAGUACUGUGAAUCUGCCAUUGAUUUCAUUGCUCGGAGAUCUCGGCUUGCUUUCCUCGAUACCGAUGCAGCAAGCAGGGCAUUGCCUCGUGUAAUUGAAAUAUUAGCUUCUGAACACAACUGGGAUGAUUUGAGGCAGACGUACGAGUUAAAGAAGGCCAAAGAAUUUUUGGAAACCUUCAAAUCUUCAAGAAAUGCUCAGUUCCAUGAUGGGAAACAUGUUUAGUUUGCACAUUCAUUUUUCGCGGAUACAUUAACUGGCGGCAAGUUUUCCAGCCUUAUUGUGGUGCAAAGGAGUAUGCCUGCCAUACACAGCAUAUGGUGAUAGAAUACACGUUUAUGAAAAUUAACUGUUGCUCUCUUGGGAUUGUCUUACACAAACAUCUGCCAAAAUAAUUUGUUACAAGAUUUUCAGCCCAUUCGUCCAGAGUUGCUGGUAAAUUUUUUCAAUUGAUCCUAAUUGGUGUAUUUUUGGGUUUCCAAAUUAAAAUUGUAAUCUUGGGAAAAAACAUGAUCAUUAAUAAUAAAUUUUUAUCACCU